CAGACACAAACCAAAUCCAUCUUAGCUGUUUCUACUAUUUUUGUUUUGUUAUUCAUUUUCUUGCGUAAAGUUAUGCCCACAGAAUCUUUCCAAAAAUCUUUCACAGUUAGACACACAAACCAGCCCGGGGCCCCCCUUAAAAACUAAAACCUCCCUCCCUCCAUUUUCUCCUCUCCUUUAAAUAAACACCAAACAACUCACAAUCCAAACUUCUCUCCACCUUCCCUUGUCUUUCAAAUUCAAAUCAUACCUUCAAAAUAACCACAUGGGAAGUUCGGUGCGUGUUAAAGAAGCUGUUGUGGUGACCCCUUCAGAGCCCACACCAAACUGUGUUAUGUUACUUUCCCCUCUAGACUCUCAACUUUUUCUCCGCUUCACCAUUGAAUAUCUUUUAGUUUACAAGCCCGGCCCGGGCCUCGACAGGGUUACAACCACUGCUCGUUUAAAGGCUGCAUUAGCUAAAGCUCUGGUUCCUUAUUACCCAUUGGCCGGAAGAAUCCGGCCCAUCCAAAAUAGCACUGGUCUUGAGGUUGUUUGUCGAGCGCAAGGCGCGAUUUUCAUCGAAGCGGUUAGUGAUCGUUACACUGUCAACGAAUUCGAGAAAGUUCCAAAAACGGUUUUGCAAUGGAGGAAGCUCUUGUCCCUUAGUGUUCCCGAUGUUCUCAACGGAUCGCCACCGCUGAUUCUUCAGCUGACAUGGUUAUCCGACGGUGGUGCAGCUUUAGGAAUUGGGAUUAAUCACUGCAUCUGCGACGGGAUCGGUGGGGCGGAGUUUCUCAAUUAUGUCGCGGAGUUGGCUUCGGGAAGACGAGGAUGUCCAAAACCGAAAGCUGUUUGGGAUCGUCAUGUGUUCAAUGUGAAACCUAUGACUCGGGGUGACUCUGCGAGUCACCCUGAGUUCAACCGAGUAGCAGAUCUAUGCGGGUUCAUGAACCGUGUCACGAAUAAUCUAAAGCCAACUUGUGUUUUAUUCGAUAAGAGACGGUUGAUCGAACUCAAAGGUGUGGCUCGACGCACGUGUCAAAUCGUUGACUCGUCGUUUACGUCGUUUGAGGUUCUCGCAGCACACGUGUGGAGGAGCUGGGCGAGAGCAAUGGUGUUCCCGCCGAACCAGAUACUUAAGCUGUUAUUCAGCGUGAAUGUGAGGAACCGGUUCAAACCGGGUUUGCCCGAUGGAUACUACGGAAAUGCGAUUGUAAUGGCGUGCGCGCAGGCGAGUGCGAGGGAACUGGGAGAGAGAGGAAUCGGGUACGGGUCGGGUUUGGUGAAGAAAGCAAAGGAGAGGGUGGAUAGUGAAUAUGUGAAGAGGGUGGCUGAGUUGGUGUCCGAGUCAAGAGCGAGUCCUGACUUGGUGGGUGUGUUGAUACUGACGCAGUGGUCGAGGAUGGGUUUGGACCGAGUUGAGCUUGGUAUGGAGAAGCCGGAGUUUGUGGGGCCCAUUUGCAAUGAAAGGUACUGUUUGUUUGUGCCGGUGAAGGGUGAAAGAGACAGCGUCAAGGUCAUGGUGGCUGUUCCUGCCGCCGCUUUUGAUAAUUACCAUCGUUUUCUCCGGGAAUAGUUAAACUUUUUGUUUUUUUUGGGUUUAACUUUCACUUGUAUAAAAAAUUAAUAAAUUUUAUUAUUAUUAUUAUUAUU